UGACACUUUUACACCCUUGUUGGUAUGCAAAGCUGGUAACGUUUAGCUGUACACUGUAAAUAUCAAGCCUAAUGUUAUUUUAUUGCAUUGCAGUGCUUAUUUUGUGUCGUCUUUGAUCGAAUCAAUGCGCAUUUAAUUAGUAAGCAAUGAUAGGCCUGGUCUCGUUCGGUUUAUUAGCUGCCGGAUUGUUCAAAUUAUCUUCAUGUUUAGAAACUGGCCGGGACAGCCACUCAGUUCCCCCAGAAUGCGCCGUGCGAAACGACACAUUACCAGCCGUCGACUUCCCUCUUCGCACUGACAAGUUAACCGUCGAAGAAUGUCUGAGAUACGUGAAAAUGCAACGACCAGAUAGUUCCUACACAAGCCCCACGCGGCAAACAUGUUCCCCUUUUCAGUUGGAUGGGAACUGUAAUGAAACCGGCGAUCCUUCGAACUUCAGUGUCUUUCAGAAGACUUACCUAAGUAUCGGAUGCGGAUGGGAAAAACCCGAUAUUCUGACCGAAAUUCAUCGAAAUGUCAGUAUAAUCAGUCCUAAUCGGGCUGUCACUGCCAUGCUCAGAUGCCGCUCUGCAUAUACCAGCGACGUGCUGCAUUACGACGUUGUGCACCCGAUUCGCAAUCAAACCAUCGAGCUGUGGAUUGCGGAAUGUGUGAGCCACAACGUAACGGCGAUGGUGUAUGACAUGGGCGUUUUCCCUUAUUUGCUGCGUCUGGACAUCACCAUAUUCGCAAGCACUAAUGGCGGUAUCAGCAUCCGCCAACGCGACUUUUCACGCAUGCCACAACUCCGAAUGAUUUAUUUCAGAAACAUCAUUAUCGAGGCCAUGGAGCCGUACACGUUCACGGAUCUAGCACACCUGCAGAUCUUGGCACUGGAAGCUCGAUAUCUUUCUUACAAUCUCGGGGCCUCAGAUUCACUGGAUGACCUCCUGAUGGCACGUCGACUGUAUUGCGACAGCGCUUUUGCGUGGUUUCGUCAUUUUCUCAAGGAGAAGCCAUUCCUCAUCGGUGACAAGGCAGAAGGGGAGGCAUUCCGGUUAGGAGACUACUUCUCGCCCAAGCUGCCUUUUACGCCCCGGAAAUACUUUCGGCAGAACCAGAAUGUCAGCUGUUCUUUGAUUUAUGAUAUUCCCAGCUAAAUCGCAAAACUAUUAUUUGGUGCCGAAUGUUUUCAUAACAACAGAAGCUCUGAA